AUGAUGCAAUCUGACGACCACCAGGAGGAGAAAUGGGGCUCUAAUGAUUAUGAUAUGGAAGAUGAGGUCCAAGAUUGGAAGCAUCUAAGUAACAUGAUGGACAAGGGCCAGAGUCUACCUAAACGAGGUGAGAAAGACUUUGAGCCAGAUGGAACUGAUGUUCAGGCAAACCUUUUAGAGGAGUCUCGUAACUCGAUGUAUUCUGUUUUAGAUGAGCAACGAUGUCACCAUGCUAAGCAGAAAUUGAUAUCUGUGUGGAUACCACUCGAAAGUAGAAGCAUUGUACCACAAGUGAAGGGUAACUUUUUCAGAGAUAUCGGUGAGCCACUGAGGCUAUCCCAUAAGAAUAUGAAUGGAGUCUAUUUGAACCCUAUAGAGACUGUCUAUUUAGUCGAGAGAGGAUCUAUGUCUAUAUAUUUAGGAGAUGAGCUAUUUGAUGAAUUCUUAAAGAACGAUAGCAGUGAUUUUAAUUACGAGACUUUGAAGCCACUUUCAUUGAGCCAUUUAUACAGUUUGGCAUUUGAUAGAAAUCCAGAAUGGAUGGAUCAUCUACAUGUCUUUUCCUACUUGAAAAGGCAUGGAUACUUAGUACGUGAUUUCAAGCGGUUGAAUGAAUCUUCUCAAGCAGAUAGAUACAGAGCUAUGACUCAAGUGAAGUCUUUAGCAUUUAUUUCAAGUUUAUUUAAAGGAACUCUCUAUUACUUCCAAAAUAAGUGCUUUAGAUUUCUUCUAAAUGGCUUGAGGAAGUUUGGAAUCCUUUCUCAAGGAACCAGUCAUCAUCUUCAUUAUACUACUAAGCAUUACUUCAAUUAUACUUCAGUAUUUGAGUCUUUAAGGAUGGUCACCAGCUAUUCAACAUACGAUAGUUUAUCUAGUGGUCAAAAAAAGAAAGAACAUGAAUAUAACAUAGCAUAUAAUGUCUGGAAGCCGACCCCAAAGUUUUCCAAAAAAGAUCCUCCUAUGCCAGAUUUCCAAAUAUGCAUUGUCAAUACGGACAAGGUCUCAUUCCCAACGUUGGAAACAAUACAAGCACUAUUUAAUGAAAUAAACCACUUGUUGCCGUACGAAAAGAUGCCUGAAAAGGAUUCGUUCGUAAAGAAGAAGAAGAAAAAGGUAACAGAUCUCCCAACGAGAAAAGAGAUCAGAUUUCAAAAGAGACAGGACUACCAGAAGAAACUAGAUCCGAAAGUCCAGAAGCGAAAUACUUAUUUAAAGCUAAGGGACCAAAAGCUUAGAAAUGGCGUGUCUGGUAGAUCUUUUGUUAUUGCAACUAUAAGCAACGGUGUUUUGAAUUUCACCCACUUAUGUGAAGCCGAUUUUACGCUUAGAGGAGCCCAAGUUGAUGAUUUAAAUGAAAUGUAUAAUAAAAAAGAGCAUGGACUCAUCUGGUUAGAAAAUGUUUAA